ACUCGCGUUGCUGGCUCCUAUUGUGAGGACAAAUAUAGCUCCUCUGUGCACAAGGUCCAGUUAGCAGGCUAGGGUUUCAUGUAAGCGAGUUAAUGUAGUCUUUCGUUCGUCACACCGCGGGCUCGGCUGCAGUAUUAGGUGCGACUGAGGGACAACGCUGACCAUCUUUCAGAGCUUUAGACGGGUGUGAUCGUCACCCCUUUUUUCGAGCUUUGCUACGUUGACUGCUCCACAGCUCGUAUCGAGUCUACCAGUGGUACUGUCGAAAGUUUCCGGUAUCCUCGGUUUUAAUCAUCGAUCAUGGAAGACCCGAACCAGCAUUUCCCGCCAGGCGCGCUCCCCGAAACCGAGGCUGUAGCAGUGGAGGCGGCGCGGGACGGCAUGGAAGACGCGGAGAACCUUCUGGACGACAUGCUCGAGGCGGCGCGCCACGAGACGGAGCUCGCGCUGGCGCCGCAGAUCGACCAGAUGGGGGAAGAAAAUUAUGAAGCUACUAACCAGACGGAUGGUUCCCUGGCGCUUCGGACGGAUGCUGAUGCAGGCAUGGGGAUUGAAGCGCCUGACGGGAAUCAGGCGUAUGUGACUGCCGAGAGUGUGACUGCAGCCGUUGUGACUAAAGAAGCAGGGAUGGAAGAAACGGUGGCUUAUGAAAGUGUGACUCAAGAAGUGGUGACUGAAGGAGAGGUGGCUGAAGCGCCUGUGGCUCAAGGCGAGGGGUUUGAUCUGAACAUGGACGCCGGUGGGUCUGGGGGCGGUUCAGCUGCGGUCAUGAUAACCGAGGCGACGGCAGUUGAAGCCGAACCAGCGGCCGAACCUGGGACCGGACCAGGAACCGAGGCUGGUUCUGGCUUGGGUGUUGCCGAGCCUGAGAGUGCGCAGGUCGGGAUGGAGGAGCAGGCUCGGGAGGCCGUUCCUGAGUACCAAGAGAUGGGUGGAGAUGGGGGGACUCAUAUAGUGCAGCAGGAAAUAGCUGGUGUUGCGGCUUAUGGGGAAGGAGGCUUGGCAGAGGGGGAGCAGCCGAGAGCUGACGUGGACAUGGCUGAAGCAGCGGAGGUGACUCAACAGGAGAGUGCUUAUAUCGAGGAACCUGUGCACCACGAAGCUGCUUAUAUCGACUCGUCAGUGCAGUACGAGCGCGUGCAGCGCGCAGAGCAAGCAGGGGCGCAGAGCAUGCUCAGAUGGCGCCUGCCUCAAAUGAGCCUGCUGCAGCGGGUCAGGAGCCGGCUUUACCCGAGCAGGAGGCAGGUGAGCCGUGGCAGGAAGGGGCUGUAGCGGGGCAUGAGGCUGCUGUAGCAGAGCAGGAGGCGGCUGUGGGCGGCGCCGGCGGAGUCGAGACAGUGGCAGCAGACGGUGCACUCGAGGGGCAGGCUGUCACGGCGAUUGAAGUGGGCGAAGGCGAGGUGGUUACCACUACUGCAGUUGGCGAAGGGGAGAUGGCUACAGGAGCGAGUGAGCGGGGUAUGAGUGCAGAGGGAAUGGGUGAGGGUGAGGGGGGCAUGGCGACAGCAUCAGA